AUGUCAACAAGUAAAAUUGAAGAAAUCUAUCAACAUAUUAAUAAAAUAAAUGAAAAAAUUCCUUUACAACAAGAAGAGAUGGUUAUAAUUAUUGGUGAUACAGGAGAAUGGAAAAGUUCUCUCUUAAACUAUUUAGCUGAAGUUCCCCUGUUUGUUAAAAAGGGAAAAGGUUUUGGUAGGUUUGUUAUUUAUGCUGAAAAUCCUCUAGGAGAUAGUGAGAUUACCGAUGGAUGUGUUUCAAAAACUUCUUUGCCAUCAGGUUGGAAAGAGUAUUGGGUUUGUCCUGGUUUUGGGGAUACACGUGGUGAGGUCCAGGAUAUUGUAAAUGCCUAUUCAAUUUACAAGUUAAUCAAGAGUGCAAAGAAAAUAAAGGUUUUGGUCACUGUUUCUGAGACUACAAUUACAGGGUCAAGGAGUAGAAGCUUCUUAAAUCUUAUUCAUAAUGUAGGAGAAACUUUUAAAAACACAGAUGAGGAUAAGUUAGUUCAAGGGUUAUGUCUGGUAGUAACAAAAAAUGAGACUCUUAACUUGAAGAAAAUGAGAAAUGGCUUGCUUGAGAUUCUUGAGGAACAGGAUGACCAAGAAAAUUUCAGUCUAACUCAAAAAAAAAUACUUGGUUCUUUAUCUUCCCCUGAAAGUCAAAUUGUUUUUUUCAAUGCACCUACAGGAGAAGGUCUUAUUUCUGGUGAGGGUAGAUCUCAAAUCUUGGAAGGUAUAAAAAAGAUUUCUUAUUUGGAAAAACCAGAACCUAGUAUUUCUAUUCCAGCUGAAUCAAAAUAUCUUAUCAAAAAUUUAGCAGAUAAACUUAACAAUGACAUAGAAAAUUUUAUAAAACAUAAAUUUUAUCCAGGAAUUCUUGGUAAAUUAAUAGAUAAUCAUUCAGGCACAGUUAAAGAAUUGAGAGAGUCUCAGUCUUUAAAGUACUUUUGUGAUCAAUUGAACAAAAUAUCUAAUGAACCACAACAAUUUGAAAAUAAUCUUUGUCAAAUUUCCUCAAUCACUAAACUCUUCCAAAGAAAAGAACUUGAAGAGGAAUUUGAUAAAAAAAUUUUACAAUUAAAAUUCAUUAAGCUUAUUAAACCAGAAUCACUUGAAAUUAAAGACAAUACUAGUAUGCUAACAUCACCUGAAAAAUAUCAACAAGGACACAAGUUAAUUUUCAAAGGCCUAAUUGUUGGAGCUGAGGAUAUUAAUGAUGCUAUGAAAGGUCAAGAACUAUCUGAAGUAAAUGUGUAUAGCUUGAAUAGUUUAUUUAUUGAUGAAGAUAUAAUUGCACCAGGAGUUAAUUUGACAUUAAUGUCUCCCAAUUGGUAUGUUGUAGGCAAAAGAAAAAUUAGUUUAAAAGGUAAACCUGGCACUUGGCACCAACUAAGUAAAGCAGUUGAUGGAAUUGAUGAAAUCAAUGGAAAUAAAGAACUGAUUGAUCAAAACGAUGAAAAUAGUGAACCAAUUGAUGAAAACGAUGGAAAUAGUGAACCAAUCGAUGAAAGAGGUGGAGAAGAUGGAUUACCUGGGUUGCCUGGAUUGCCUGGUAAAAAUGGAGGGGAUUUCUAUGCCAAAGGAAAAAAAUUUUUCAAUCUUUCUUCCUUAACUAUUGAUGUUAGUGGUGGAGAUGGUGGACAAGGUCAAGAUGGUGGUAAUGGUGGCAAUGGACUGGAUGAAACAUUUGUAAGUUAUGAUCCAGGACAUAAAGGAGGAAGUGGUGGACAAGGAGGGGAAGGAGGCUUUGAAGGGAAACCUGGCUUUGUAGUCAUUGAUAGUCCAUUUCAAUUAUCUGGAACUCCGGCUAUUUCUAAAGUAGAGAGUAAGAAAGGUGUAAAUGGAACAGGAGGGAAACCAGGAAAAGGUGGAAAAAAUGUAAAAUAUUGUGGGGUAUACAUUAAUGAAAUGGUAAUUCCUGAGAUUAGAGGGUAUAAUGAAUUUGCAGAAGGUAGUAAGGUAGCAAUGCAAGAGGUAUCUAAAGGCACUCUUAAGAUUGUUUCUCAAGAGGCAGCUGAAAAAAUAACAAAAGAAGGAGGCGAAGUUGUAGUAAAAAAUUUUUUAAAAAUAGGUGCUACUGAAUCAGGUAAACAUGUUGUAAAAGUUGGUGCUUCUACUGGUGCUUCUCUGAUCAAAGGUAUGGGCAUAGGCUUAAUAUUCCAAGCGGUGGCAUCUUCAUUAAGUGCAUAUUUAUCAAGUCAUUGGGAAAAAGAGGUACACAAAGUAGAUUGUGGAUAUGCUCCUAAUGGAAAAUCAUCCAACUCAUUUAAUGGCCCUGAAAUUCAAAAACCUUCUAAACUUUUCAUAAACAAAUAUAAGAAUGUUUGUUAUAAUGAUUUUUAUGCUCAGAGGAAAAAUGAUCAUCUUCUUCCUGAUGUGUGUCUCGACCUUGAUUUUAUAUCCAAUAGAAUUUAUGAUGAUUGUAAUAUUGUUUUUACAGAUCCUUCGUCGACAUCCAGCUAG